AUGGCCUUGUUCGUGCUGAGCACCGGCCUAGGAAGAGACCAAGAGGGGCUGUACAAACUUACCAUGGAUAUCAUCGUAAUGAUUCGAGUAUGUAAAAUGUUUCGCCAAGGCCUCAGAGGAUUCCGGGAAUAUCAGAUCAUUGAGACUGCUCACAGAAAGCACCCAUUCUUCUCCUUCUGGGAUGUAAGCAGGAAUGUGUCCUAUUUUGUCACAUAUGUCCCUCUGUUUCUCUCUUUCCAGGGUCACUUUCCUCCAAGGGCCCUUGCAAUUACACAGAAGAAACCUGCUUGGAGAAGUAAGGCAGAGAUCCAGUACCUCUGUAACCUCUUGCAGGCUGUGGAUAGCUUCAGGAGCUAUAAUGAGAAUCUGCAGUUGCUCCUAGCUAAAGUUGUGCGCUUUGAACGGUUUGGUCGUAGACGAGUGAUUGUAAAGAGGGGCCAGAGAGGUAACAGCUUUUAUUUCAUCUACUUGGGCAAGGUUGCAGUAACUGAGGAUGAGGAUGGGAGUAGCGCCUUUCUGGACCUCCACCCAGUAUUGAUGUCAAAGGGCAGUUCUUUUGGGGAGGUGGCACUCCUGAGUUCUUCAGUAAGGAAAACCACGGUAGUCUGUAUGGAAGAAACAGAGUUGUUGGUUGUCGACAAAGAAGAUUUCUUUACUAAUAAGCUGAAUGUGGAAUUUGAGAGAGAUGCUCAGUAUCGGUUUGCAUUUUUUAGGAAGAUGGAUCUAUUUCAGUCUUGGCCCCAAGAGAAACUCUGGCAGCUGGUCAUCCUGGGGAAAAUUGAGAAGUUCUCAUUUGGCCAGCUGAUCUCAAAAGACUUUAUGCAUUCUUCCACAGUUAUGUUUGUCUGCAAGGGCAGCUGUGAAGUCCUGAGGCUGAUAGACCUUGGAAAAUCCCCUUCCUACUACAAGUGGAUCUGGCAGCAUCUGCAAUUCCAAAACAACAAACCUAUGAAGACCCCCAUCUUUGAACCCUGUCCUGAAGAGAGAUUUAAGGAAUUCCAGAUCAAAUCAUAUCCUGCACAGGACUUCAGCACGUUGAAACUUCUGCAACUCCAGAAAGCCUGGGGACCAGAGAGGACAACCUUCAAUACACAUCAGACUUCAGUGACUAAUUUUCCUAAGACUUUUGACUCAAAGAUCAGAUCUAAACGUUCUCAUUUGGUCAGAAGUUCUGUGAUUGAUGCCAAGACUGGCCAGAUUGCCAAAGAAUUAUCGGUGGGGACCUACAUGAAGAUCCACACUGUGGAGGAAGGAGAAAUUGUGGGCCUUCACCAGCUCUCCUUCCCUGAAACUCAACAUGACAGUCGACCCCUGAUCCUGGUGAGCCUGGGAACUGAGGUAAUAAGGGUGAGGAAAGAAAAGUUUGAAGAAUUGAUUGACAAUGAGACAAGAGCAAAGUUGUCCAAGUACACCAUUGAAUAUCCCAGUGAUGAAGAGAUGUGCCAGAAUUUCCUCAAGGAGAAUAGCUGGAAUGUGUUUCGAGAUGACUUGUUGCAGCUACUGGUGAAACCGCGCCUGCUUCCACCAUUCAUCCCCAGACAGCAAAAGAAGAGACAGUGCGACCAACUUAAGUCUAUGACUUUGGAUCUCUGUACCUUCAACAAGAAAACUAAGCCUAACUAUCCCAUUCUCAUGGCCCCCCAAAAAUACCUCCCCCCGCUGAGGGUUGUCCAACGCAUCAAAGCACCCCGGCCCAAAAUCCAAGAACUCCUGCCUUAGUAUAAGAAUGCAGGGGUUCUUAUUUAG